CGCCAACUUGUGCUGAGUCAACCCUAGGGUUUUCUAUUUAAUUCACGGAAUUUGUUAAUUAUGUGCCUUUUUUUAACUGGGUCGUCUUUGAUGCCCCUGAUUGAUGUUUUUCUGCCGUGGGUCGUGGAGUUUUGGAGUUUUUGAUUCGAUUGUGUUGGAUUUGUGUCUGCUUGGUUGCUGAGGUAAGGUAGGAAAAGGGAAACAAAUUGAAAGAAAGUAGAAAGAUUUGAGUUUUGUGUUUUGUUGAUGUUGUGCUUUUUGGAUAAAGUGAUAAACUUUCCCCAAGUUUAUUAAGGGUUUUGUUAUAAUCUUGUUAGUUUUCCUUUCUUUUUCCUCAGAAGCCAAGCGGAUUAUUAGAAAGCCUCGUUUUUGUUUUGUUUUGUUGAUUUUUUUUGGAAAUGUAUGGUGUUUGUUGCUUGCAGCUUGGGAUAGUUGAAGGGUGAAAUUUUUGGCAAUUUUUCGGGUAAAAUUCGAGUAGCUUAGAGGGUUUUCUUGUUUAAAGUUCGAGCUCUGGGUCUCAUGAGAAUUGUUAGGGGAAUGCAGAGAUCGUUUCCCAAGGAGCAGAACGUGCUGGGCUGGAAGAAAACCUUCAGCCAAGGGAUAGGCGUGACUGCGCCCAAGGCCAGAACCCGUGACAAGCAUAACUCUAAGUUUGGGGUUUUGUGAAGGAGAUUAGGCUAGGGUUUCUGUUGAAGACGUUAAGCAUUGAAUGCAAUGACUCGGAUUCUGGUUCAGCGAGGUUCUUCAAGUGGUUCUUCUUCGAACCCAAGCCGUCCUUCUUCCUUGUCUGGGUCCUCUUCAGGUUGGGCACAGCCACAGGUUAAUAGUCCUCAGGUUGUUUCAGUUGUGAAAGAAGAGGAAAUUGGAGAGGAGGCACAGGAACAUGUUAUUGUUGAUGAGCUGUCAGAGUAUUGUGGGAGUGGUGACAAUAAGGCUGUAAAAAAUGACGAUCUAUUGACCGAAAGCAUUCAUAAUGAUGACAAUGUGAGUUCAAGUGAUGAGCUAGCUGAGGGGGAGAAAGUUAGUAAAAAUGACAUUGCAGACCCAGGGGAAAUGAUGAAAGGUUUAGGUGGGUUGAGGAUUUCUGAAAAGGUGACAGUUGAAAAUGUGGACUCAAGCAGGGAUUCUUUACAAAAUGCGAUUGGGAGUUCUCAGCCACCACCUCCUCCUGUUCCUCCCCCGAAACUUUCCUCAGCAAACUCAAAUUCAAGGAGAUCUGUCUCAGGAAGUUCAAAUUCUGUGCGAAUUGGACCUUCGAGAAGAGCAGUUGCCUGGCCUGUUGUUUCAACUAGGACUUCACCAACUGGGUCACGGCCUUCUUCCCCCAGGUCUCAUGGUGAAGGCGAGGGGUACAAUAGUGCUGAUGAACAGAGCCCUUGCUUUGUAUCCUCCUAUGAUGAUGUUGAAAGAGAACGACAGUUUGAAAUUGAUAUUAGACGUGCAAAAGGUUUUGAAGUGAAAAGAAUGCUGGAGGAUGGGAAUUGUCUCUUUCGUGCUGUUGCUGAUCAAGUUUAUGGAGAUUCUGAAGCAUAUGACUUGAUCAGGCAAAUGUGCAUAGAUUAUAUGGAGCGAGAGAGGGAUUACUUUUCUCAAUUUAUUACAGAAGGAUUCACCUCUUAUUGCAAGAGGAAAAGAAGAGACAAGGUGUAUGGAAACAAUGUGGAGAUCCAAGCCUUAUCCGAAAUGUAUAAUCGACCCAUCCAUAUUUAUUCCUAUAGCACAGAACCUAUUAAUAUCUUCCACGGGAGCUAUGACACGGACACACCACCCGUACGAUUAAGUUACCAUCAUGGAAAUCAUUACAACUCUCUUGUUGAUCCACGUCGUCAGACCAUCGGUGCAGGACUUGGGUUCAGCUGUCUUCGCGGGAUGGGUGCAAAUGUUGACAAGGAUCAGGUCAAGGCUGCUAUUAAGGCUCAACAAGACCAACAAAUUGAUAAUGCACUUCUAGCUGAGGGGCGAUUCUACUCAGAUCUUGAGCUCACAGAGAAAGAAAUUGAACGCAUGGUGAUGGAAGCUUCGAGGGCUGAGUAUCAUGCAGAUGACACAUUCAAGCAACAACUUGGAAGGAGAGAAUCUUCCACUUCUAGCGCCGAGCCAUCAUCUUCUGGAGCUAGAUCAUCAGGAAGUGAGACUAAGCUAGGAGUGAGGGGCCAUGGUUUUCAAGAUUCCCCUCUUAGCAGCAGUAUGCAAGUCGUGCUGUCGAUGGGGUUCAGCUACCUGCAGGUGAUCGAGGCUUACAGCAUAUUCGGAGAUGAUGUCGAUUCCAUGGUUUGUUACUUAUUGGAAACUAGCAGCAGUAGCAGGCGCAAAGGCAAGGCAACUGAAUGAGCUGGUACAAAACAAAUUUAGGAAUGCUGGUGAGAUUGUGUUGGCUUCUUUGUGAUCAAACUGCAGUCUUCGUAAAGAAAAUGAUUCCUAUUCAGUUGUAGCCUGUGAACCUUAAAUAUGUUAUCUACGUUAAAUCAAUAAACUGUAGUCUUUGUUAUCAAACUAAUCUGUUUCUAGAGGUACCGUCGCGUCAUUCUGAUAUAGGAAAAUUCAACUGUAUCGUUAUGCACACUUAGAAUAACUUUCAGCUUAUGAGCAAAUUGAGCCGAAUCUGUUUAGAGAGAUGUGAUGGUGUUUAUCAUUCUCAACUGUAUUGUUAUUCACACUUUGAAUAACUUUCAGCUUAUGAGCAAAUUGAGCUGAAUCUGUUUA